AUGGAGGAAUCGAAAAUGAAUGCACGAGACAACGCGGAGGAAUUUCACGAUGCGCUUCAUGAUUUUCCAUUUAACGAUUGUAUCGAAACCUUUUCCGAAAAAGUCGAAUCCGAUGAUGCCUCGUUGACCUCUAAUAAAUCUUCACCUCCGUCAACUCUACGCCGCCGCCGAUCUACUGGUCAUCGACCAUCCUCCGACACUGACACGGUGGAGUAUCCAGAGCCUUGUUCUUCAGUGAGUUUGGAGGAUUUCGUGAAUGCCAGAAAUAGAAAGCCCAGACUGUCCCGCAAAAUUAAGGAAAGCGAGAGGGAAUUUGAAAAUUCAGAAAAAAUGGACCCUUCUGGUCCUGUGGAGGUCCAAUACAUUUUGGGAAAUUCAGAAAGUAUUGAAAAUGAAGAGGAUAAAGAGAAGAAUCGUGAGCAUUCCGUAGUUACUGAUGCAAACAAUGAAAGGAAUGAUAUUGUUGGAGAUGAGUCAAAUUUGAGGGAAACCCAUGAUACGAAUUCAAAUCUUCUGUUAUUAUUAGCUGGUUUAGUAAUAAAAGCCAUUGGCUUUCAAGUUAAUUUGAUGGUUAGUUUUUUCAUGUUUCCAAUUUGGUUAAUUUAUUACUCAUGCUUGUUUGCAAUUAAUCCAUUUGGGGUUUUAAGGCGUGCUAGACAGCAUUUAAUUCAAGAGAUUACCAGAACUUGGACUUUUAUAUGUGAAAAUGUGUCUCCAUUUGUGCAUGAAUGGUUAAAAGAGCACAAGUCAAUGUGGAAAUUGUGCUUGAAGUGCGGAUGGGGAUUGUUGUGGUCAGGUUAUGUGUGUAUUGUAUUGAUCGGAUUGUUGAUAUCAGCAUUUGUGAUUGGUGGAUUACUGAUUAGGAGGGUGGUGGAGGAGCCAAUAAGAAUGAAAGGAAGUUUGAAUUUUGAUUACACAGAGAAGAGUCCGGUGGCAUUUCUACCAAUAACAGCAUGCCCGGAGGUUAAUCAUGAUGCAUAUCUUGUGAAGAACCCUGAAAUUGGGAAGGCUGGUGGGUUUAGGGUUAUACCUCCUAACCAUAAGUUGCAGGUUACCGUUUCAUUGACCAUGCCGGAGUCUGAUUACAACCAAAAACUUGGGAUUUUUCAG